AUGGCUGAUCGUUCGGCGAUGCGAGCUCGCCUUGCUGAGCUGAAGAAGAAGAGGGAGCAAGGCAGGCGUGACACGCAGGAGCAGGUGGCAGAGGAGGACAGGCGCGCAAAGCUGCCGAAGAACUACGAAGCACGCAAAGCCCGCGCAGAGUGGAAACUGGAGGAUGAUCGCAAGCGCAAGGAAGCGGAGGAGAAAGGACUGGACUACGAUCGCGUGCGUGCCAUGAGCAUGACCGUGGAGGACGCAAAACAGUUCUCAAAGAAGCGCUCCAAGAAGCCAAACAUGGCUGCUGAACGCAUCGCCACAAAGGCCGAAAGUACGCGGCAAUAUGAGCGCUUGACAAAGCAGCUGAAGCCGACAGUGUCGGAAGACGUUGCCACAGAGGAGGCCGAUGAGCUUGAGCCCUUCAAGAAACCGCGCAAGGAGGCCGUUGACGCACUGGUCACCGAUGUCGAGGCACAAAUCGAGAAGAAGAAGAAGUUCAGGAGGCGGCGUGCAGUGUACAAGCACGGUGACAUCGACUACAUCAACGAAAAGAACCGCGUGUACAACGAAAAGUUGGAGAAGUACUACGGGAAAUACAGCAAAGACAUCAAGGACAGCUUCGAACGCGGCACAGCCCUGUAG